GAGUGAAUUGAUCACAGCGAGCGUCAUGCAUCGCGGGGUAUUCGGCUGCAGUCCGCCGCAUGCUGGGCCAAGGGUGAUACGGAGAAGGCGAUGAGUUUUAUUUCGCACGGUGCGGGGACGUCGCAAUGACGUUUGGGCAGUUAGGAGGAAAACAACAGUAGCGUUGAAUAAGGGAUCGCGGACGUCGCUUAUUUCAUUGAUGGGAAUCAAGGGAACGCGAAGCGCCUUUGCAACAACAGGGUACAGCCAGAGGAGGCGGCGACGGCGCUCACUGGCCGCGUUGCCCAGUUCUCUUAAGUAACCAUGGCCGAAAAUCUGAACCCCAACGUCCUGUACGUUCGGGACCCCCAGGAGCCCCUAUCCCCGCCGGGCGCCGGGCGCUUAGCGCAGGCCGAAGCCGGUGAGGAAUCGUCAGACAGCGACGGGGAGCAGGAGGAGACAUCGCACAAACUCAUCCGCAAAGUGUCCACCUCGGGCCAGAUUCGUGCAAAGAAAAGCAUAAAGGAGGGCUUCCUGCUGAAGCAGACCAGCUCCUUCCAGAGGUGGAAGAGGAGGUACUUCAAGCUGCGAGGACGUACUUUGUACUAUGCACACGACUCCAAGUCGCUGAUCUUUGACGAGGUGGACCUUUCAGAUGCCAGCGUGGCUGAAACCAGCACCAAGAAUGUCAACAACAGUUUCACGGUCAUCACUCCGUUCAGCAAGCUGAUGCUGUGCGCUGAGAACAGAAAGGAAAUGGAGGACUGGAUCAGCGCUCUCAAGUCGGUGCAGAAGUGGGAAAAUUACGAGGCUUCUCAGUUCAACAUGGAGCACUUCUCUGGCAUGCACAACUGGUACGCCUGCUCCCAUGCCCGCCCCACCUUCUGCAAUGUGUGUCGAGAGGCUCUCUCUGGGGUCACCUCCCACGGCCUGUCUUGUGAAGUGUGCAAGUUCAAAGCCCACAAGCGCUGUGCAGUGAGGUCCACCAACAGCUGCAAGUGGACCACACUGGCAUCCAUCGGGAGUGACGUCAUCGAGGACGAGGACGGGCAGGUAUCCAUGCCCCACCAGUGGCUAGAGGGCAACCUUCCAGUGAGUGCCAAGUGUGUGGUGUGUGACCGCAACUGCGGUAGCGUGCGACGACUGCAGGACUGGCGUUGCCUCUGGUGCAAGGCUAUAGUGCACAACAGCUGUAAGGAUCAGAUGGGUAAGAGUUGUUCCCUGGGCCAGUGCAAGGUCUCCAUCAUCCCACCAACCGCAAUUAACAGCGUUGACUCAGAUGGGUUCUGGGAAGCCACAAACCCGUCCUGCUCCAGCCCACUGUUGGUGCUGGUGAACUCCAAGAGUGGAGACAAUCAGGGCGUGAAGUUCCUGCGCAGGUUCAAGCAGCUGCUCAACCCAGCACAGGUGUUUGAUCUGAUGAAUGGAGGCCCGCAGCUGGGCCUGCGCCUCUUCCAGAAGUUCGUGAGCUUCCGGAUCCUGGUGUGUGGGGGGGAUGGCAGCGUAGGCUGGGUUUUGUCUGAGCUGGACAAGCAAGGAUUGCACAAGCAGUGCCAGCUGGGUGUGCUGCCGCUGGGCACUGGCAAUGACCUGGCGCGGGUGCUGGGCUGGGGCGGGCUCUGUGACGACGACGCUCAGCUGCUGCAGAUCCUGGAGAAGCUGGAGAGGGCCACCACCAAGAUGCUGGACAGAUGGAGCGUGAUGACAUAUGAGGGACCAGCCAAACACUGCCCCCUAGUGGCAAAGGACAGCGAGACUCAGGACGCCCCCCUUCAGGUCCAGAUUAACCAGUAUGCCGAUUCAGUGGCCUCCCACCUGUCUAAGAUCCUGGACUCGGACCAGCACAGCGAUGUCAUUUCCUCAACUAAGUUUCUGUGUGGGACGGUGAACGACUUUGUGUCGGAGGUGGGCAAAGCAUAUGAGAGAGCGGCGGAGAACAGGGAGGAGGCGGACGCCAUGGCCAGGAAGUGCACCCUGCUCAAUGACAAGCUGGACGCGCUGGUGAAGGCCCUGAACGAGGAGGGCAACGCUCAGCCCGUGGACGCCCCGCCUGCCCAGCAGGGCGGCGACGAGGAGCUCUCAAACACCAUGCCGCAGGGUUUCCGCUCAAGAGAGCAGCUGAUGCUGAGGGCCAACAGUCUGAAGAAAGCCCUAAGGCAGAUCAUCGAGCAGGCUGAGAAAGUGGUGAAUGAACAGAAACCAUCCCAGGAGAUGAACGCCGUCCCCGGGAGGAAGGAGAGCAGCGAUGACCUGAAGGACACGGAGUCCCGCAAGGGCACUGUGAGCCCCACAUCAGCUCCCGCCGUCCUGGACAAAUCCGAGAGCUUCAGCUGUGCACCAGCCUUUGAGGACCCUCUGCCAUACUCUGAAAAGUGCGUGAUGAACAACUACUUCGGCAUCGGCCUGGACGCCAAGAUCUCUCUGGAGUUCAACAACAAGCGGGACGAGCACCCCAAGAAGUGCAGCAGUCGCACCAAGAACAUGAUGUGGUACGGAGUGUUGGGGACAAAGGAGCUGCUGCAGAAGACCUACAAGAACCUGGAGCAGCGCGUCCUGCUGGAGUGUGAUGGCGUCUCCAUGAACCUGCCCAGUCUUCAGGGCCUGGCCGUGCUCAACAUCCCCAGCUACGCCGGGGGCAUCAACUUCUGGGGAGGAACAAAGGAGGAUAAUAACUUCGGAGCUCCGUCCUUCGACGACAAGAAGCUGGAGGUGGUGGCUGUGUUUGGCAGCAUGCAGAUGGCUGUCUCCCGCGUCAUUAACCUGCAGCACCACCGCAUUGCGCAGUGUCGGCAGGUGAAGAUCACCAUCCUAGGCGACGAGGGUGUCCCCGUGCAGGUGGAUGGAGAAGCAUGGAUCCAGCCACCUGGCAUUGUCAGGAUCAUCCACAAGAACCGGGCCCAGAUGCUGACCCGAGAUCGGGCUUUUGAAAGCACCCUGAAGUCCUGGGAGGAUAAGCGGAAGUGUGCACGACCUCGCCUGAGCUCCCAGCAGUCCAUGGAGUACCUGACGGAGGAGGAGUGCGCCCAGGUGCUGCAGUUGGCCCAGGUGGCCGACGCCCUCAUCACCAGGAUCCGGGAGGCAGCCAAGACGCACAAGGUGGUGGAGCAGGAGCUGGCCCACCCGGUGAAUGCCAGCGCAUCAGUGCUCAGCGAGGCGUUCCCGAGCCGCCCCUGCAGCCCCGAGGUGCUGAGUCGCUCCACGGCUGUGGAGGUGGUGAACAGCACCAGAGUCCUGCAUCAGGAGACCAAGGCCCUGCUGGAUGGGAACCUGCUGCAGAUGGAUCCUGGCCAGGAGGAGGCGCUGUUCUCCACACUCGAGAGCCUGAGCACCGAACUGCAGAAGCUAGCCGACAUCCACUGGAUUUGUCCCAUCAUGCACGGCAUCGAGGAGAGCACAGUGAGGAGCUGCAGCAAGAGCAGCAUGAAGAUAAAGAUCAUGCCGAAGGUGAGGAGGGACCGGGAUAAACUGCACAAGCAGAAAUCCAACAGCUCGCUGACAGCAGCAUGGGAAUUCAGAGGUGGAUCGUGUGACACAGACCCCACUGGGAACUAAGCCCAGAAGCGAGGCACGCCCCCUACUGGCUGGAAAGGGGUCCUCUAUCUCCAAUUGAAGAGGUGUCGCUCUCAUCUUGCUGCGAAGGAGCACCGGCGUCCGGGAGACACCGUCUGCCCGCGGAGAAAGGGCACCGCCACCCCAGUCUCGGCAGGAUGUGGAGCCUUCAUCUGCGGUACGAAGCCCCCUGCAACUCCAACGACUUUUUUGCUCCUUUAUCGGUGUCUUUUUUUAUUACUAUUAAAACGACGACGAACAACUGGAACAACAAUGAACAAAAAAACCAUCUCCAUGGGUCAGGGGGCUUAAGCUUCUGUCCCCGGGCCCCCCGCCAAAAGAUUGUGACUCCUGUGAACGAGUCCUUGCAUCCAUGCCACAACCACCCUGCAUAACACGGAGGGUCCCAGACUCUCAAUGUGGGGGGGGGGGGGGGGUGGCAAAUUCAAUAGAUCUCUGCGAGGGCUUUCUUUGACGAUCCAGGGUCACAUUCCCGCCAGAUGCUGGGGAUCAGGGCCGCCCCCCCCCCCAUGCCAUUUCCAUGGGCUCGCCCUGCCUUGCACUUUAUGCUCAAAAUGUCGACUCGUGUGCUGUGCAAUUCCCCCCCCCCCCAAGGUGUUCAUAGUGUGCUGCAUCCCCUCCUUGUGUUCGAAGAAAAAUCUUAAGAAACCGUAAAGUGAUUUCUUACUGUGUACAAUGAGACAUAAGAACACGGAAGCGGAAAUUUCUCCUCUUCAGGUCUGUAUUACUGUAUUUAUACAUAUUAUAUAUAAGGAAUAGUGGCUGUUUAAGGAACCCUUUGUUGUUAUCAAGGUGUCGAGCCCUGCCCGCUGCACCAAUGAACUUGCUUUAUUUAUUGUCGUUGAUGAGCAGUAUUUAUUAGUGAGUGGGUGAUUGACCUUGGAGUUGCCUUGAGGAAUCGAUGGUAUUGUGAACGACUCCCGAAAAUGGGGUUUGCUGUACAGGCAGAACGGCACCCCUCAAUGGUCCCACAUUUCCCUGAAUCUUCUAGGUUUUCUUGUGCCUGUAGGCGAGGGGUUGGACAUCUGGGUAAUGCCGUGUCGCGUGUUUGUACGUUUACAUUUGAGGUGUUGCGGAGUAACUCUCAACAUCUACCAUGAAAAAGGCAAAUGAAUGGUCAGAGCAUCGUGGAUGGGGUUAAAUUAAGGAACCCACUGGCCCGAUUCUGUGAGUACUGUAAGCUUGAUCCGCUGCUGGACAAUGCGCCAUAGGAUCUGCAAGACUCUCCGGUCUGGUCCAGUCUGGUUCCAGUCAAACUCGCAUCCAGACCUUCGCUCAUAAUGUGUUUACCACUGGACUAUUAAUGUUGACAUGAAGCAAAAAAAAAAAAAGAUUUACUUAAUAAAUUGUCAUCUUUGUUGUUGGAA